AUGAGCCUGGACGAGUCGAAGCGGGAAGAGAUAAGAGAGACCUAUGAUAUGAGGGACUUCUCUCCUUCGGCCCUUUUCCCGGAUCAACACGUCCCGAAAUUUCGACUCGUCUUUGAGGAGCUUUACCGAGAAUGUCGGACGCUGGGCCAUCGACUCCUCGACUACCUAGGAAUCGGGCUGGGAUUGGAGGAGGGAUUUCUGUCUGGGAAGCACAGGAACGUGGGGACGGAAUGGAAUGGGACAGCUCUUCGUACUCUCUUCUAUCCCCCUGUCUCAGUACCCGAGGAGGACUACGUGAUACGAUGUGCAUCACAUUCUGACUAUGGUUCCCUGACCCUCCUCUUUCAAGACGACGUUGGGGGGCUCGAGGUUCAGACGAAGGCGGGAGAAUGGGUAGAAGCGAGACCUGUCCCCGAGGCCAUCCUCAUUAAUGUUGGUGACCUCUUGGAACUCUGGACUGCUGGACUAUACCGAGCCACGCCACACCGAGUGAUUCUGGGGCAAAGAAGAAAGGAAGACAGUGAGAGGGGAAAGAGGUUCCGACAGAGCAUAGCCUUCUUCUUCCAUCCUGACAAUGAUGUCACCGUGGAACCCGUUGUCACCGCAGCCAAUUCCUCCCGGCAAUGGAUCCCUCUCAAUGCUUGGGAGCAUCUCAAGUCCAGGUUCACUUCCACCUACGAUAACUAACUUCAACUUCGUCUUAUCGCAUUUUCUGUCAUUCUUGAAGAGAACAGGCAUAAUAAAAGCAUC